UCCGUCUGCUUCCCCAACGUUUUCCAGGAAACGCCGCUGAGGAACAGCCCCAGCCCUCCCAACAGCACCGGAGGCACGAUUGACAGCGAUAGCUGGGAUCCCCGCUUCAAUGACGUCCCCUCUUCCGUUUCCCUGCCCACCAAGAACAGAAAGAACUUCAGUCAGCUUAAGCGAGCGAAACCCUACGGUUCCCUGUUCCAGCGGGCAAAGCCCAGCAACUUCCUGCCGGAGAGAAAGCAAAUUGACAAGAUCAGGAAGAAGAAAAAGCUGAAGAGGAGGGAAACAGAGGUGUCAGCAGAGGAGGACUAUGAGGAGAAGCUGCUGGAGCUGGAGGCAGAGGACUCUUACGUGGAGACGCCGCUGAGCCCCUCGUCUGAGGGUGACCCGCAGUCUGCAGCCGAGCACGGCUCUGUCUGGGACUCUGACACUCCUUCCAGUGUCUCCUACCCCGCCAGCACGGCCGAGCAGGCGGUGGAGAUCCAGAGCGUGGGCAAGAGGACGGUCAUUCGGCAGGGCAAGCAGGUGGUCUUCCGGGAUGAGGACGGCACUGGGGACGACGAGGACAUCAUGGUGGAUUCAGAUGACGACUCGUGGGACCUUGUCACCUGCUUCUGCAUGAAGCCUUUUGCCGGGCGGCCAAUGAUCGAGUGCAACGAGUGCCACACCUGGAUCCACCUCUCCUGCGCCAAAAUCCGCAAGUCCAACGUCCCCGAGGUCUAUAUCUGCCAGAAGUGCCGGGACUCCAAGUUUGACAUUCGCCGCUCGAACCGCUCCCGGAUGGGCUCGCGCAGGCGCUUCCUGGACUAGGGAGGGAGGCACGAGCUGCUGCGCGGGCGGGAGCCG